UCUCUCUCUCUCUCUCUCUCUCUCAUUUUAAUUUCUAGAAGCCCUCCCCUCCCUCCAUCCGAAAGCUUCAUGAGUAUUCAACAUAUAGCAACCAUGCUUUAGUUAUGGAUUUUUUCUAUAUCAUCUUCAACUUUUUAGCUACUAGUCUCAUACUAAUCACCAUAGCCUUUUCACUUCUCAUCCUCAAAAUCUUCAUCGGAAAGUCAAUCAGAAACCCAAAAUACUCUCCUGUUGUCGGAACUGUAUUUGGUCAACUCUUCUACUUCAAUACCCUCCAUGACUACCUAGCUGAUAUUGCCCGGAAACACCAAACUUUCCGGCUUCUUGCCCCUGAUCAAAGCGAGUUAUACACAACCGACGUUAGAAACAUCGAAUACAUACUUAAAACCAAUUUCGACAACUACACAAAAGGCCAGUAUAAUAAGGACAUAAUUACAGACUUGUUUGGCCAUGGGAUCUUCGCUGUUGAUGGCGUUAGGUGGAAGCAGCAGAGGAAGCUUGCAAGUUUCGAGUUCUCGACUAGGAUUUUAAGAGACUUCAGUUGUGCCGUUUUCAGAACCAACGCAUCAAAACUAGUCAGGAUCGUUUCUCAGUUUGCCAUGGUCAACGAAGUCUUUGAUAUACACAAUUUGCUGAUGAGAAGUGGCUUGGAUUCCAUUUUCAAAGUUGGGUUCGGAGUGGAUCUGGAUUGCCUAGAAGGAUCUAAUGAAGAAGGGAACUCAUUUAUCGAUGCGUUUGAUGAUUCAAAUGCUUUGACUUACUGGCGUUACGUAGAUCCCUUAUGGAAACUUAAGCGUUUUCUUAAUAUCGGGUGUGAAGCUUCUCUUAAGAAGAACAUCAAAUUGAUCAAUGAUUUCGUUCUCAAGUUGAUCAGCAGAAGACGAGAACAACUACAAACACAGAAACACCAUAAUCACAAGGAGGACAUACUUUCAAGAUUUUUGAUCGAAAGUGAGAAGGAUUCAGACAUGGAUGAUCGAUAUCUCAUGGAUAUAAUCCUAAAUUUCAUCCUAGCUGGAAAAGAUUCUAGUGCGAAUACACUUUCUUGGUUUUUCUACAUGCUUUGCAAGAAUCCAGCAAUACAGGAUAAAGUUGUAUCAGAAAUAGAAGAACAUAUCGGGUAUCAAUUAGAAAAUGGGGAUAAUGUUGAAGAUUUUGUGGAGCGGAUUAACGAUGAAAUACUUGAGAAAAUGCAUUAUCUCCAUGCGGCUUUGUCCGAAACCUUGAGGCUAUACCCUGGAGUGCCCGUGGAUGGAAGAGUUGCAGAAUCAGAUGACAUUCUUCCUGAUGGUUAUGAGUUGAAAAAAGGCGAUGGUGUGUACUAUAUAUCGUAUGCAAUGGGAAGAAUGCCUUACAUUUGGGGAGAUGAUGCUGAAGAUUUCAAGCCCGAAAGAUGGCUUAAUGAUAAUGGCAUUUUCCAACCACAAUCUCCUUUCAAAUUCGUUGCAUUUCAUGCUGGUCCUAGAAUUUGUUUAGGGAGGGAUUUCUCUUAUCGUCAAAUGAAAAUAAUGUCGAUUGCUCUUAUUCGGCCUUCAUCUCGUCGCACUUCCAAGAACAUAAUGAGUACCAAAUGCCAUCGGCAUCCUUGGCAAAGAUUGUCGGCAACAAACAACACCCCUUGAUACCAUAUGUUGUCGGCGGCAUUGUGCCAACGGCAAGAAUGUGCCGAUAGUCUCUCUCUCUCUCUCUCAAUUACAUUUUUUUAAAUUAAAAAAAAAGUUGGAUGGUAUGGAUGACAUCACAUCCUACUCAUAGACAAAAAAUGAUAAGAGUUGUAAAAUCCUAUGUGGCGCCUAUAUGUCACCAGAGGCAACAAACGGCAACAUACUUUUUAGCAGCUCAUAUAUUUGAUAUUGACAUGAUCUCUUUCAAUCCAAGUGUUUAAGGGUUAAGUGUAAUGGCAUAACACAAACAUUAGAGUUAGGGAUGAAGCCAAAACAUAUAAACAAAAAUAUGUAUAAAUAGUUAAUUUUGGCCGUGGUAUAUCGUAUAACAAAACUUUAUGCUUUUUGUAUAUUAAGGGUCUGUUUGGUUCGCAGAAUGUUGCUGAAGGAAUUGCAUUUGGAAUUGGGAAAUGAAUAUGUUAGGAAUUUGAAUCCAAUUCCAUAUCCUGUUUGUUUGGCAGGAAAUGGAAUUGGAAUUAAUUUCAGAUUCUAUUUGGUUCGCAGGAAUUAGAAUUGAAAUCCAUAUAUAAUGACAAAAUUGCC